UUUUAUUACAUCUAGCAUCGACAUGAUAAAAAUUAAAAUUGCCACAUUUGACCUUGAAAUAAUCGACCACAGAUUUUAAGCUACCACAAACUAGUGGAAUGACCUGUGAAGUUAGAUCACAUGUUUUAAUGUUACCUACUUACAUUCUGGUAAAUAAAAUGUUGUUUAUUUCAGCAUCACAAGCUAAAGGCACAUGGGGCAAACUUAGAAAUUGCUUUUCUAAUGCCUUAAAGCGACGGAAUGCCCAUAAAAGCGGACAAGCUGCUAAAAAAUAUAUUCCGUGGAAGUAUGAAAUGCAAAUGGCAUUUCUUCAACCGUAUAUGGAUAGUAGGCAGACACACAGCAAUUUAUCGCAGGCAGAAAAUGCAUCACAAUAUUUACAAUUACCGGAAGAAGAAUUUCAGAUAAUUGAAGACAGUGAAUUAGAAAACACUGAAGAACAUGAAGGCAACGAAAGAGAAACUGGGGAUAUUCUGUCUGUAUCUUCUCAUUCCACAAAUGCAGAGAAUACAUCACAAUCGCUGCCUCGAAAUCAACAGACGCCACAGCGAAAAAAACGUCCGAAUCCUGCCGAUGAAAUUGUACAAAUAAUGAAAAAAAAAUUGGAACUGAGGAUUCAAAAAGUCUCACAAAGACCUGAAAAUAGUCCAUUGCUAAACAAUUUAAAUGAAACAGACAUGUUUUAUUUGAGCAUGUCAAAAACAGUCCAAAAACUGCCUCCAUUGGAACAAGUUCAUAUUCGGAUGGAACUAUGCAGACUUGUGUCCGAAGCAGAAAUGUCUCAACUUAAAUCACUGAAUGAUAAUUAGAGCUCCGCUUUACCCAGUCAGACACAUACAGGAUCUCCCUCUCUGGUGUAUAUCAUAUUUUGACACCAUCAGCAACUCAACCACAAAACUCCUACUGGAAAUUACAAACACCUAAUGAAACUGAUUCUGAUACUACGUACUCCAAAUGAUCCAACCGCACGGCGUUGAACAUGUUUUUGUCACGGAUAUAGAUAUUUUUUGGGUUUAAACUUGUUUUAUGAAAAGAACCUAUGUUUGCUUUCG